AAGAAGAGGAGGCGGAAGAGAAAGAAGGGGCGUGGGGUUGCGCGUCAAUAAUGGCUGCUUACCUAGUACGGUGUCGCAAUAGAUUAUACGUUUUCUUAUUGUUAUGCCCGAUUUGUAUCUCGGCUUUUUUAAAUUUAGAAGAACUGAAUGAGAUGAAGUAUGAGAUUCGGAUUCUACCUGAUCCUGUCAUCAUGGGGCAAACCAAGACAGAUGAAGUCAUGAUGGUGUCCAGCAAGUUCAAACAACCGUAUGAGUGUCGACUUCCAGCCCAGGCAGUACGCUUUCACCAGGACUCGGUGUCAGAUUCUGAUUCACAAGGGUACACAGGGCCGGACAUUCCUGAUCUACUCAGCCCCAUGCGAGAACCUCCCUGUCUAGUCUUGACAAAAGAUUGGUGGACAUAUGAAUUCUGCCAUGGUCAGCAUAUCAGACAGUACCACCUUGAAGAUUCUGAAAUCAAAGGGGACGUCCUCAUCCUGGGCUACUAUGAGUCUGAAUUUGACUGGAGCAAUGAAACCGCAAAGGCCUCCAAACAGCACAGAAUGAAACGCUUCCACAGUCAGACUUAUGUAAACGGAUCCAAGUGUGACAUCAAUGGAAAUCCCAGGGAAGCCGAAGUCCGGUUUGUGUGCGAAGACGGUUCUGGAGAUUACAUCGCCCGAGUGGACGAGCCGCUGUCAUGUCGCUACGUGCUAACCAUUCAUACAAGUCGCACCUGCCAGCAUCCCUUUCUGCGACCUCCGUCCACUGCCAAGCCGCAGGGGAUCGUGUGUCAGCCCGCACUAAGUCAACAACAGUACAUGGAUUAUGUCAAAGCUCAAGUCUCUGACACAAAGAAAAAAGUAGAGCAAAUCUCAGAGGAGCUGAGAAGUCUUGAUGAGAUGUUGGCUGGUAACGAGGAGGCGAAGGCACCGGUGGAAGGACCUGCAGAAGAAACAUCACCAGAACCAAGCGAUGACCAAGACCAGUCAGACCAAAAAGAUAUUGCUGACAUGUCUGAGGAUGCAGGGUUAGAAGACCUGGAGGAUUCUCAGUUUUGGGAGGGAAUUACAAAACCUGCAAGUUCCCAAUCAAGCUCUUCUCAUGAGGAGAGUGAGCAGACAGUCGACGAUGGCUUGAACUCAAUUAUUGACAAUGAAGUCAUAGAUGACGCGAAUGAAGCUGAAAACUUCAACUUUAAAAUCAUCACUGACCCGUCAGACCUGAUGAAAUUUGUCCAGCAUCUCAAGGAGAGUAACAGAAAGAAAGCACAAGCGGAAGAAAGGCGAUCCUUAAACCGUGGCACCGACGACGAAGAGGAUGAUGAAGAUGAACGGCUGCUGCAGGAGUUUGAGGAGGAGAUGGCGGAUGUUUCCGUGCCAGCUGAUAAGACUGAUGAGAUAAAGGAAACAAUGCAAAAAGAGUUUGACAACAUCAUAGAUGAGGCACAGCAAGAAUUGGAUACUGAAGGGCUGAAAGGGGAGUUUGAUCGCACUCAGGCGACACAAGCGCUGGAGACGACGCUCGAUAAGCUUCUUGACCAUCUGGAGGAGAAAGACGAGCAGGACCCGGAGCAGCAACCGACACAAGCUCAAAGAGCCAACGACCCCACCCGGGGCAGCCCCACCUUGGCCCCAAAGCAGCCCGACCAAGAUGCCGAUGACCAUGUUAAGAUCAAAAUAACUAAGUAUAAAACAGGCGACAGCUCUGAUGGGGAGUUCAAAGUACAGGAGUUGAGCAAAGGAGAUCCCCAGUGGCAGCACAUAAAGGACGUGGUUAAAGAACAGCUAGAGAAAGCAGGACUGAAGGCCGAAGGUAAAAUUGAGGUGAAGAUCUUGACGCGGAAAAAUACAGAGGAAGGGGAUCAGUGGCUGACCGAAGAAGACACAAAGUCAUUCCGAGAGCUCCUCAUAAACCUCCUGACUGGAGGCACAGAGGAAGUUCACAAAGAGCAAAAGCGACAGCAGGAUUUGGAGAACAACUACAGGUUUGUAUGGGGCGAAGGCCAAGAGGAGUCCCAGUCUUCCAGCGACUCGGAUGACGUGGAUUUGUGAGCUUCGGGUAUUUUGCGAAGAUGUCUUUCAGUGGUAAUCAACCAUGCGGGGAGACUCUUGAAGGACAGCCCCCAUUGGGCAAAAGGAUUUGUUUGUUGAUAUUAAAGCACGACCACGUGUUCGCACCUUCGGGGAGCCUGUCUGGAGUCUGCAAUCUAUAGCGGGUACAUAGGUUUUUAUUGGAUGACAGAAUCGCUGUCGGCUCUACUUGAAUGGAUUAUGCAUUUUCCCUUCUUUUCCAAGAUGACUGCAAAAAAAAAAAAAAAAAGGAGAUGGACAAUGUCAACCUUUUUAUACAUUUUUCAGUCGUGCUGCCUCUUUUACAUGGUAGUCACUCAUGUUGCCAUUCGCAGGUGUGCAAUGCAACACUUCAGCGCUUGCAUAGGUCAUUUACCUUCUUCUGUUGAGUAUGAGACAAGGGAUGAAACUGUCACAAAUGCUGCCAAAGGGCAUCCUUAGGGUUAGCAUAUGUAAGUGAAACUUGGCGUAGUUUGAUUUUGUUCUGUCACUGUUUCUUGAGUAAGUAACAGCAAGGAAAACAACAAUGCCCCUGAAAUAUAAUAUACCAAAAAUUGCCUGUUUAUGUCCAGUCAUGAAGGUCAUGGAAAUCAGCAGAAAUUUAAUCGAGGCAACUGGACUCUUCUAAAUGUUUCACAUUUAAACAAAAAAAGCUCCUUCAUUAUAUAUGUAUAAAUUAUGGCUCUAUCUGUAUAUAUUUUUUGAUUGAUUUUCUCGUCGUAGUUUUUGUGUUGUGUUGUGUUUUGGCACAAAUCCUAGUGGCCGCUUCAAGCUGAGUAAUGUGCUCUUGAUACAAGUCAAGGGUCAUACAAUAGGAAUAAAUAAUUGGCCGCCUUUCACCUCUGCGAGAAAUAAGACCAGAAAGGUAUGUACAUGAUCAUAGAAUUUGUGGAUUUGUAUUUCACUUCGUGGCAGAAGAAAAAAAAAAAAACACUUGGUCCACAUGAA